AUGUCUCCUGGACCACAUGAAGAUGUUGCAAGAGCAAUUGAGCUACUGGAGAAACUGCAAGAAUCUGGAGAAGUACCAGUACACAAGCUACAGUCUCUAAAGAAGGUGCUGCAGAGUGAGUUUUGUACAGCUAUCAGAGAGGUGUAUCAAUACAUGCAUGAAACCAUAACUGUAAAUGGCUGCCCCGAAUUCCGAGCCAGGGCCACUGCAAAGGCAACAGUUGCUGCUUUUGCUGCAAGUGAAGGCCAUUCACACCCUCGAGUGGUUGAGCUGCCAAAGACUGAUGAAGGCCUGGGCUUUAAUGUCAUGGGAGGAAAGGAACAAAAUUCACCUAUUUACAUUUCUCGCAUCAUUCCUGGUGGAGUGGCAGAAAGGCAUGGAGGGCUGAAACGGGGGGACCAGCUGCUUUCGGUUAAUGGAGUGGUAUGUGGAAAUUUGAUA